AAAUGGUGGCCAUAGAGGCACAUACUAAUUUUUUUGGACUAAAUACAUUGUUAAUUAGAUACUAAUAAGUUAAUUAAUCUAAUUAAUCGGAGCAAUAAUUUGGAAAUUAAAUUAAGAUUAGAAAAAAAGGAGACAAAAUAAUUAAAUGUGUGCGUUUAAACUGCGUAACCAGACACCUUUCAGCGGGAGGCAAUUACGUCACAUGAUAUUUGCCUGUCAUGCAACGUCGUCAUUCAUUUAUAUAACUAACCCCCUUUUGAAUUAUUCAUUAAAUUCCAGUAUUUCGAUGCGAUAAAGUACUGACAAAUUGGUUCGAGUGCAAACGAUUAGUCAUAAAUCUCCGAAACUUCGUCCAAAUAGCGAGAUUCUUUGGGAUAAAUGAGAACUCUAACGAAAAUGGUUAGGAAUUAUAAAAGAAAAAAGAAUGAUAAAUAUGACCAAGAAACUUUAAGGCGAGCAAUCCAAUACUACCGGGAUGAAAAAGUAAGCCUAAAUUCUGUCUCAAAGAAAUAUGGAAUUCCUCGGACUACCUUGCAAUACUGGAUGAAGAAGGAAUUUCAAGCGCCUGGUAUUCAAAAUAAAGGCCGAUUUAGACAUGUGUUCAUGCCCGAACAUACAACUCAGCUGAAACACCAUGUAAUGACGCUACAGAAAAUGUUUUAUGGCAUUUCGACGGUUGAUUUUAGAAGAUUAGCAUUUCAGUAUGCAAAAGCCAAUAAUCUGCAACAUCCCUUUAAUGAAGAAAAGAAGAUGGCCGGUCCAGAUUGGCUAGCUAAUUUUAUGAAGAAAGAAAACCUCUCACUGAGAACACCAGAGGGUAUGAGCAUGUCAAGAAUAAUGGGCUUUACUAGAGAAAAGGUGAACAAAUUCUUCGAAAUCUUUCAGCAAGUUAAGAUUGAUAACAAUAUACCCGCGGAAAGGAUUUUCAACAUGGACGAAAUAGGCGUGUCAAAUGUCCAGACACCGAAGAAAUUCCUUGCAACGAGGGGAUUAAGACAAAUAGAUAGAAUAACCUCUGCUGAUAAAGGGAGGAACAUAACUGUGGUAGGAACCAUUAGUGCUGCUGGUACAUUUCUUCCACCCAUGGUCAUUUAUCCAAGGACAAGAAUAAAUCCGAAUUUGCUCUUCGGCUCAUUUCCAGGAACUGCUGCCUAUGCUGCUCCUUCUGGCUGGAUGGAUGUCGAUUUAUUUUUAAAAUACAUCGGGCACUUCAUCAAAUAUGUCCGACCUUCAAUGGAAGCUCCUGUGAUCCUAAUAUUGGAUGGCCACGCAAGCCAUAAAUCGCUAGGAGCAAUUAACCUAUGCAGAGACAAUGGGAUCAAAUUAAUAACAUUGCCUCCACACACCAGCAAUAAAAUGCAACCACUAGACGUUGCUAUUUACGGUCCUUUCAAGACCUACCUUUAUCAGGAAAUAGACAAAUACAUGACAAACUAUCCUGGCGUAAGAAUUACCGACUUCACAAUGGGACCUCUCAUAAAGGAGGCAUACAUUCGGGCAUUUGCACCAGAAAACAUAAUGAAGGGGUUUCAGCGUUCCGGAAUCUCCCCUUAUAAUCCUGACAUCUUCCAAGAUGAUGAUUUCAUGGGCGCAAGUGCUGUAUUGAAUUCUCGAAAUACAACAUUUUCUAUUGCAGUGCCUUCUGCUCCUGUGCCGAUUCCUUCCUCUUCUGAGCUGUUGCCAUCUUCCUCUUCAUCUCACAUUACCAUGCCCACGGGUGAAAGCAAUAGUUCUACAGAAAAUGAAAUGAUAUUGAAAGUUUCUGAUAUAUCUCCUCUACCGAAACCCAAAGAAAAGUUUCCAAUCGGGGACACAAAUAACAACAAUCAGAAGAAAUAACUGGAUCCCCAUACAAAGCCACAUUAGAAGCCAAGACUAAAGAUAAAAAUCCAGAACUUGCCGAAGGACAAUGGAUUUGGAGAAACUGGAUUCGAAGUUAACUAAAAGAAGAGGCAGAAAAGUCCUAAAGAACCGGAAAAUGACGGUAAAAAUACUUAUUGCAUGUAUUGCAAUGAAGAAUAUGGAACUACUCAGGAGUGGAUUAUGUUCUGCAAGUGUAAACUGUGGGCUCAUGUGGACUGUACGGAUGUGAAAAAUAAGUUUGUUCAAUUUAUUUGUGACAUGUGUAGAGAAUAAAUAAUAUGCUGUUAAACAAACAGUAGAAAUGAAAUAUUCUUAAGUUCACUGAUUCAUUUAUAUUGCUUUUACAUUGCAUUAGGAUGUUUUCAUUUAUUAUAUGUUUGAUUUUAUUUUGUAAUUAAUUUUUGUUUACAUUUUCUUUAUUUAUAUGUCUUGUAACUCGAAUUUCGUUGUUAUAAUAUUAAUUAAAUAAAUUUUUGGACUUUCAUUUCUUUGAUUUAAUAGUGAAUUCGAAUUAAUAAUUGUCAAUAACACAAAUUUAUAUUGCAUUGUGAUUGCAUUGUUUUUAUUUAAUUAAUGUAUAUAAAAAUAUAAAACAAAAACUUUAUAUAUAUUAAAAAAAAAAAAAUAUACUAUUGAUAUGUACAGUAUCUCUAAAUGUGAUUUAUCUUUAAGAUAUUUUUUCCUUUAUGAACGAUGUUCUUUUAUCUAUUUCAAGCUGUAUAGAAUGUUUUGUAUUGUUCUAAAAAAGAAAACAAAAUUACUGCAAGUGGCUAAGUGCAUCUCUGUCACAGCGGGUAGAAAAGUCAUUUGGUAGGACCCACAUUUAUGAGACCCUCACAAAUUUAUUCACUCCAUUGAGUUUUCUUGUGUGAAGAAAUCUUUAUAUUUCGUCAAAUUUUUAUUAUUUAAAAUGCAUAACAUAAUUUUUAAUACAGUUUCGAUGAUUUUAAUUUAUUUGGAACGUUGCGAGCCUCUCUCGACCUCUUCAGAUAUGCCGUAGUUAAAUGUAUA